GUUUUAGGUUCUCCCCAUCCAUAUCCCUCAACCCAAUGGCUGCUGGAGGAUAUUCUUGACUCCGACAGGUCUUUUCCCGUCUUCCAGUGAGACCCUGCCUGGGGACCAGGUUCACUUGUCCUGCACACCCGUGGCACAGCCAGUCCCUGAAAGCAAUGGGUACACGGGGACAUGCAAUUUCCUCGGAGGAGGCUGCAGCACCGCAGGAGCUCCUGUGGCAGGUUACAAACAGACUCUUACCUGGGACACAUUAAUCCGCGACUCCUUAGAGCAUCUUACUGCCAAGGGGAACAGCCCGGCCGCUCUGGAGAAGAGGCUCUCCUCUCCCUGGGCCAGGCGGCAAGCCCUGGGCCAGGCAGGGAUGUACUGGGAGGACCCCUGAGAUGCCGCACCGCCUGCAUGGAAAAUCCCACUUAGUUCCAGGAAGAUGAAGAAGUGCUAUGUGGUGACUGGAGUCCUGACUGCAGCCCUGCUGGGGCUCAUCUUGUUCCUGGGUCUCUUCUUUGGACUGCCCUCUGACUCAGGGGACACACACACUUACAAGAAGGCGGCUGUGGCGACAGACGCGGGGCAGUGCUCAAUAAUUGGAAGGGACAUCCUUCAGCAAGGUGGAUCAGCAGUGGAUGCUGCAAUUGCAGCUAUGCUCUGUGUAGGACUCAUGAAUGCUCACAGCAUGGGCAUUGGAGGGGGUCUCUUCUUUACCAUCUAUAGCAGCACAGGAAAAGUGGAAAUCAUUAACGCAAGAGAGGUGGCUCCAAGCAGAGCAUCGGAGGACAUGUUUUGGAACAACACACAGCUUUCUCUGAAAGGAGGACUGUCCAUUGCUGUGCCAGGAGAAAUCCGUGGGUAUGAACUGGCUCACAAACGUCAUGGCAAACUGGCAUGGGAAAACCUGUUUCUGCCCAGCAUCAAGUUGGCAAGAGAAGGGUUCCCUAUUGGGAAAGGCCUUGCAGCAGCCAUCAAAUCAAGAGAGGAGUCAAUUGAGAGCAAUCCCUCACUGUGUGAAGUGUUCUGCAAAAGAGGGAAAAUUCUGCAUGAGGGCGAUAUCAUGAAGAUGCCUAAACUAGCCAACACAUACGAGACUAUAGCCAGAGAAGGAGCAGAUGCCUUUUACACAGGAAGCCUGGCAAAGCAGAUCAUCGAUGACAUCCACAGUGUAGGGGGCAUUGUCACAUUGGAAGACCUGCGGGACUACAAUGCAACAGUGAUAGAAGACCCCAUAGCAAUCACACUUGGGGAGUUUACCCUCUACACACCUAGUGCCCCUCUAAGUGGCCCUGUGCUUGCCCUCAUCUUCAACAUACUGAAAGGAUAUAAUUUCUCUGCUGACAGCAUCAAAACGGUGGAGAAGAAAGGUCUGACUUACCACCGCAUUGUGGAGGCCUUUCGCUUUGCCUAUGCCAAGAGGACUUUACUGGGAGAUCCCAAAUUUGUCAACAUUACAGAGGCGAUCAGAAACAUGACGUCUGAGUUCUUUGCGGAUAGUCUCCGAAGGAGAAUCACAGACAACACCUCCCAUCCAGUUGACUACUAUGAGCCAGUAUAUUACACUGGAGAUAAUGCCGGUACAUCCCACCUCUCCAUUGUGGCUGAUGAUGGCAGUGCUGUGUCCGCCACCAGCACCAUCAACCAAUACUUUGGCUCUGAUGUACGAUCCAAAGUGAGUGGAAUCAUAUUUAAUGAUGAGAUGGAUGACUUCAGCUCACCUUACAUAAUCAAUGGAUUUGGAAUCCCUCCUUCUCCAGCAAAUUUCAUAGCACCAGGUAAGCAGCCGAUGUCCUCUAUGUGCCCCUCCAUCUUGGUGGAUAAAACGAAGAAGGUCAGGAUGGUGGUUGGUGCUUCUGGAGGAACAAAAAUAACCACAGCAACAGCACUGGCAAUCAUCAAUUCCAUCUGGUUUGGCUAUGAUGUGAAGAAAGCCGUGGAAGAGCCAAGAAUUCAUGAUCAGCUGUUUCCCAGUAUCACAGAGCUUGAGCAGGAAAUAGAGGAGGGUAUAGAAGAAGAACUAAGGAAGAGGAAACACAACACCACGCGGGUGAGCGGUGGUGCAGUUGUGCAAGCCAUUCUCAGAACAGAUGAAGGAUGGGCUGCAGCCUCUGAUUCCCGGAAAGGAGGCUUCCCUGCAGGCUACUGAUGUGGCUCGGCUCCUUUUUUCAGUGGUCUGGUGACACUGAGGUGUGUUUGGGGGGAAGAUCCUUUAGGUCUGCAACUCAGGGACUUCUCACAGGAAAGAACAAAUUUACCUGUGGUUCUAUUGACAGAGCUGGGACAGUUCUCUACAGCCAUGACUGAAGUGCCUCAUGCCACAGCAGUCUGCUGAGACAGGCAUGUCAUAUCAGGGCGUGCAGUACUUACUUCAAAAGACUGUUUCACCUUGAAGAGUUUGCUCCGUCUCCUCUUCAGCGCAUGAACUGGGUACCCAGAGUUUCUGAAUAAGCUCAUUCGAGCUGCAGGAAGUGUUUGCCCUGCACAGCGUCAGCUACCAGGAAUGUCCCUGUCACUGCUAGAGAAGAGUUGUUUUCUGUUGAGUAGGUGGGAGUUACAGGACUCUGGGGACUGGAGUUUUUUAAGUUACAGACUAGUAGGUCUAUGCCUUAGCAGGAAGCCCAGCUCUAGACUGGGAGAAGCCUUCACAAUCUCACUGCUCUUUCUUUUAACUACAGAUGUUUCUGCUUUUCACUUCAGUUGGUUAUUGGAGGCGAGUGUGUAAGUGGGGAAAUGGCUUCAAACUUUUUUAUAUUUCUGUUGAGAAGGUCUAAAGGGAAAAUGCUACCUGUAAAACUCUGAGCACAACUAAAUAAAUGAACAUGGAGUCACACA